GGGUACCGAAAUCUCUUCAGUCUUCACUGGCACGUCGUACGGUGUGUGCGGCACGUGUGUCGUGGCGAAGUGCUGUAAUCCGCCACGCGUAUUUCUGUACUAUAAACGAUCCAAACGUCGGACAUUAAGAAAAACGGAUAAGGACGAGAAAUCACGAAAUUGAACAUUUUUUGAAAACUGACAGUUUAUGUCAUAGUGCGCGAAGAUGAUGCACGCGAUGAGUGAACACGCUGGGGCUGCGGGGGGUCUUGGGGUUGGUGUUCUACCAUUUGAUGGUAUGGGGCUGUACGAACAGCCGCGACCACGACUUGUCUUCAAAAUGCCACGUGUUGUACCUGAUCAGAAAGCAAAAUUUGAAAGUGAUGAACUAUUCCGAAGAUUAAGUCGAGAGAGUGAGGUCAAAUAUACCGGAUACCGGGACAGGCCGGUCGAGGAACGACAGGUCCGGUUUCAAAAUGGAUGUCGCGAAGGACACACGGAGAUUGCCUUCACAGCUACCGGGACCAAUCUUCAACUAGUAUUUGGUCCUGCACCUGGAAACUAUGCGAAUGAUCCAAUAGAUUGUGACUUCGAUAAGGAGCAUGGCAAAGUUCAUCUGAGGUCUCACUUGAUCAUGAACGGCGUGUGUGUCCGAUGGAGAGGAUGGAUCGACCUGGAGCGUUUGGAUGGCCUCGGCUGUCUCGAAUUCGACGAAGAACGUGCCACUCAGGAAGACGCUCUCCUGCGAGAUCAGAUUGAACGGUAUAAUCAGAGAAUAAGAGACUUCGAGGAGAAACAAAGAGCAUAUAGGAGUGCGGCCGUUCAGCCGCCUAACCUGAAUCAUCAUCAUCAUCAUGGGCAUCACGCGCAUCAUGUUACGGCCGCUGGUGGUACGGGUGUCGAGCCUCAUUUGGCUCAUCGCCAGGAUCCCGAGUUGGAGGUUAGACUUAGGGCUUAUUGAGAAGCCGUUUGACAAAUUAAAAAUCGUGGAUUCCAUCAUCUUCUAUCGCGAUAGGGAUAGAUAAAAAUUUGAAAUUGAGAACUGGUUCUAAAUUCUCAAACAAGCUCCGCGACAUUUGUUCUUUGUCACUCGUGACACAUUUACGAAAAAUGAGUUUAUAAAAUCGUACAAAUCAUCGCGCAUACGUAGUUCUAUUGUAAGAUGAUCGAAGAAAAAGAAAAAUUUGUUCUUCCUUUACAAUAACCUAUAAUAUAUGCGAUUACCGUACGUAAAUGAUGGUAUCGAUCAUUUUUCGCAAUAUUACACAUGAUAAUGGUGAAAUGCUAGUAUGCUAGUAUGCUAGUAUGACGUGCUAAUGAUAAUUUUUAAAAGUCAUCAUUAGCAUUCAUCAUGUAGACCAAGAAAAGGUAAUAUUUAUAUCUGUUAAUUUGAAGGAAAAACCGUAACCUUCUAUUAUACAAAACCUGUCUAACUGCUAUAAAUGAUUAUGCUAACAUUAUGCAAUUUUGAUGUCUAUUGCAUAGAUAAUAGAUUAUGUCCUUUCCUUAUAAAUUCUUAUUCUAUUAUCUAUCUUGGAGUAUUGAAUUUUGUCAUGCGUUAUUCCAAAGAAAAUUCUCUCUAGCUAUACUACGAGAGUGCGCGAGUUCGUUAGCUAUACUUUACACGUAGGACAGACAUACAUUCUAAAUAAAGUACGCGACAAAUAUUAAAACAAGAGGCAUACUAAAGACACGGUUAAACAGAUGUAAGAGAUGAAAGAUACACAUAACUAUGUAUGGUAUAGUGAUAAAACUACGGGGAACGUGCCGAACGUAAAGUAACGCUACACGUUCUCGUUGCGUCAUGCGUCGCAUGACGAAUCACGCGAUUCCGAGCAGCGACUACAUGAGUCAGUACAUGAUCUGGUAGCAAGAAAUGGGCAUCCCCUCUGUUUUUUAGUUGUAUAAUAUAACCGAUGUAUUUUGUUGCAUGUACAUAUUUGUAAAGAGUUUAUUGAUUAAAUAUCAUUUCCGUCGAGAAA